AUUUCGAAAGCCAAGCGUGUUGGUGGUUAACGUCUACGUCGCGCGACCAUACAACAUUUAACAUUAGUGAUUAAUUUAUUUUCUCCUUUUGGGUGUGUUUUUUUGUUUGUUACUGCAUAAUAAAAAGUGAAGUAUUUUUAUUUUGCAAAGUGUUUUUGUUCGUUAUAAUUUAUCCCCGAAUGAUCUCCUACAUCAAAUAACUAAUCAAUUUCAGUGGAAAAUAAAUAAAUAAAAAGUUAAUUCAACCAAAUGCUUGUGUAAAUAAAAAAUUAGAAAUAAAAAAGAAACAGCAGUGAAAAUGUUUCGUGCGAUGAGUGUUCUUGUGCUUAUAACACUUCUUCUUGUCACCGUUCGGAAUGUUAAUGCAGAUGCGUAUAAUGAUUAUUUUUCCGAUUAUGAAUGUAACGCGCCGCUGAUCGAAAAAGCCGUUCUAACAGCUACCUCUUCACUCCAGGAUCGUGGUCCCAAUAAAGCCAGAUUAAACGCUGGAACAUCAUGGUCUGCUCGCCAUUCUGACUUCGACCAGAAACUUAUCAUUGAUCUCGGCAAUGUUAUGAACGUGACACACAUUGCCAUUCAAGGCCGUCCCCAUAGUAAUGAAUAUGUUACAGAAUAUUCGAUAAGUUAUGGCAUAACUGAUUUGGAAUUUGCAGACUACAAGGAGCCAGGAGGCAAUAUUAAGAUGUUCAAAGGAAACAGCGAUGGAAAUGGAGUGCAUUUUAAUGUCUUCGAAGUCCCAAUUAUUGCCCAAUGGAUACGAAUUAACCCCACUAGAUGGCACGAUAGAAUAUCCAUGCGUGUGGAGUUAUAUGGUUGUGAUUACAUUUCCGAAAACCUCUAUUUCAAUGGGACAAGUUUGGUCAAAUACGACUUGUUAAGAGAACCAAUUGCCUCAACCCGAGAAUCUAUUCGUUUUCGUUUUAAGACAGCUCAAGCCAAUGGAAUAUUGAUGUAUUCACGAGGCACUCAGGGAGAUUACAUUGCAUUGCAAGUAAAAGAUAAUAAAAUGCUUUUAAAUAUGGAUUUGGGAUCUAAGAUUAUGACUUCGCUAUCGGUUGGUAGUCUUUUGGAUGACAAUGUGUGGCAUGACGUUGUUUUGUCUAGAAAUCGUCGAGACAUUAUAUUCUCAGUUGAUCGAGUGAUCGUCAAGGGAAGGAUUAAGGGAGAAUACAGUCGUUUGAAUCUCAAUCGAAAUCUUUAUUUGGGAGGAGUUCCAAAUGUCCAGGAAGGCAUGUUGGUAACACAGAAUUUUAGUGGUUGCAUUGAGAAUCUCUUCCUCAACUCGUCGAAUUUCAUACGAGAAAUGAAGGAUAACUAUGAAUAUGGCGAAGCAUUCCGUUAUCAACGAGUAAACACUAUUUACGCGUGUCCUUCGCCUCCGAUUUAUCCAGUGACUUUCCUCACCAGAUCGUCAUAUGCACGUCUCAAGGGCUAUCAAAAUAUGAAGCAAAUGAAUGUGACCUUUUAUUUCCGAACCUACGAAGAUAGAGGAUCCAUGCUCUACCAUGAGUUCGCUUCAGGUGGCUAUAUUAAGGUUUUCUUGGAGUACGGAAAAGUCAAGAUCGAUUUGAAGCUCGGUGAUAAACCUAGAAUAAUAUUGGACAAUUAUGAGGAACAAUUCAACGAUGGAAAAUGGCAUUCCUUGAUUCUUACAAUUGGAAAGAACAAGCUCGUCCUGGACAUUGAUCAACGACCAAUGACUACGACCAAAAUCAUUCAAAUUUCAACUGGAACUGUGUACAACAUUGCAGGUGGACAUGAUAAGAAUGGUUUCGUGGGUUGCAUGAGGCAGAUAUCGGUUGAUGGCAACUACAAACUGCCCAAGGAUUGGGUUCAAGGCGAAGAAGUGUGCUGUGACAACGAGGUGGUUGUUGACGCUUGUCAAAUGAUCGAUCGUUGUAAUCCAAAUCCAUGUCGGCAUGGUGCCUCAUGCCAUCAGAACUCAAUGGAAUUCUUCUGCGAUUGCAGCCAGACUGGAUACGCCGGAGCUGUAUGUCACACAUCGAAAUACCCACUCUCCUGCUUAGCCUUGAAGAAUGUCCAGAGUGUCCAGCAAAGAGUUAACAUGCACAUAGAUGUUGAUGGAAGUGGUCCGCUGAAGCCAUUCCCCGUUGUCUGUGAAUUUUAUUCUGAUGGAAGAGUCAUCACAACACUUGGACACAGUCAGGAGCGCACGACGACAGUUGAUGGUUUCCAGGAGCCAGGAUCAUUCGAACAGGCCAUUAUGUACGACGCAGAUUUGAUGCAAGUAGAAGCGCUAUUGAACCGAUCUCAUUCGUGCUGGCAACGACUUAGUUACUCGUGCAGAGCUGCUAGACUUCUAAACUCUCCAAGUGAAGUGAAUGCAUUCCGUCCAUUUUCAUGGUGGGUUUCGCGACACAAUCAACCAAUGGACUAUUGGGCAGGUGCAUUGCCAGGAUCUCGUAAAUGCGAAUGUGGAAUUCUUGGCAAGUGCAUCGACCCAACCAAGUGGUGUAAUUGCGACUCAGAGAGAAUGGAAUGGACCGAAGACAGUGGAGAUAUCCGUGAAAAAGAAUACCUACCGGUCCGUGCUGUGCGCUUUGGAGACACUGGAACCCCAUUAGAUGAAAAACAAGGUCGAUAUACUCUGGGGCCGCUGCGUUGCGAGGGUGAUGAUUUAUUCAGUAAUAUUGUAACGUUCCGAAUUGCUGACGCCACCAUCAAUCUGCCACCAUUCGAUAUGGGACACUCGGGAGACAUUUAUAUGGAGUUCAAGACUACUACUGAGAAUGCUGUUCUCUUCCAUGCCACAGGACCAACAGAUUAUAUAAAAUUGAGCAUCAUUGGAGGAACGAAAUUGCAGUUCCAAUAUCAAGCAGGUAGUGGCCCAUUGGGUGUGAAUGUAGAGACAAGCUAUCAUUUGAAUGACAAUCGCUGGCACACAGUCAGUGUGGAGAGAAAUCGGAAGGAAGCUCGUCUUGUUGUUGAUGGAUCACUAAAGGCAGAAGUCCGUGAACCACCAGGUCCAGUGCGUGCGCUACAUCUUACAUCGGAUCUCGUGAUUGGCGCUACUACAGAAUACCGAGAUGGUUAUGUGGGAUGUAUUCGAGCUCUACUUUUGAAUGGAAAAAUGGUCGAUUUGAAAUCAUAUGCUAUUCGUGGUCUUUAUGGAAUUAGCGCCGACUGUGUUGGGCGUUGUGAGUCAAGUCCUUGCCUCAAUAACGGUACAUGUCAUGAAAAGUACGAUGGAUAUUCGUGUGAUUGUCGUUGGAGUGCUUUCAAAGGUCCUAUUUGUGCUGAUGAAAUCGGUGUUAAUCUUCGCGCAAGUUCAAUGAUUCGUUAUGAAUUUGAAGGUUCCUUCAGGUCAACAAUUGCUGAAAAUAUCCGUGUCGGUUUCACCACAACCAAUCCUAAAGGCUUCCUUCUUGGUUUCUCAUCCAAUUUAACUGGAGAAUAUCUAACUAUACAAAUUUCUAACUCAGGUCAUUUAAGAUGUGUUUUUGAUUUCGGUUUCGAACGGCAGGAAAUAAUCUAUCCGAAGAAACAUUUCGGCUUAGGUCAGUAUCAUGAUGUAAGGUUCUCGAGGAAGAACAGUGGUUCGACGGUUGUGCUGCAGGUUGAUAACUAUGAACCAGUUGAAUAUAAUUUCGAUAUCAAGGCGUCUGCAGAUGCACAAUUCAAUAAUAUUCAAUAUAUGUACAUUGGAAAGAACGAAUCGAUGACUGAUGGAUUCAUUGGUUGUGUGUCUAGAGCUCAGUUUGAUGAUAUCUAUCCUCUGAAACUUAUGUUCCAACAAAAUCCACCACCGAAUGUUAAGUCUUUAGGAACACAACUUACUGAGGACUUCUGUGGUGUUGAGCCUGUUACUCACCCACCCAUUGAAAUCGAAACCCGUCCUCCACCUUUGGUUGAUGAGGAGAAACUGAGAAAAGCCUACAAUGAAGUGAAUUCAGUUCUUUUGGGCAGUCUUCUUGCUAUUCUGUUUAUCCUAAUCGUUGUUAUGGCAGUUUUAAUUGGAAGAUAUCUUCAUCGACACAAAGGAGAUUAUCUUACACACGAAGACAAAGGUGCCGACAAUGCUGACGACCCCGACGAAGCUGUUGUUCAAUCGACAACUGGACACCAAGUCACGAAAAGAAAAGAGUGGUUUAUUUAGAUGGCUCGAAAAAAAGAUAGUAGUUAAAAACGACCAUCUGAUAAUGAGAUGGAAGCAAAAAGUGAGAGAGAGGUUAUUUCAUUAUUAUUUUUUGUUUGAAUAGCUCCUUUUUAGUUUAUCUACACAAAAACCGAUUAGACUAGGGUAGAUUGAUCAACCAAAAAAAAAAGGCCAUCGGCUUAUUUGUCUACUUUCCAUGCCAUCCUUUGCACAAAAAAAAGUUGUAGCUUUGAUAGUUCGUUCUCAUUCGUUUAUAAUUUCUCCAAAUUAUUAUGAACAAUCAAUAACACACCAAUUAACUCAUUUUCCAUCUGUACGGUUUCACAUCUUUCAAUGUAAAUGGCUAAAGAGGUUAAAUCUGCCUUUAGUUAAAUUAAUUAAAAACUAAACUUAAGUUGACAGCAUUUUUGUAACAAAAAUAUUUAAAAACAAAAACAAGAAUAUUAUGUUAACGAUUUUAUUUCGUCCCGUCCAUUUUUGUACUUUAAGUUACGUAUUUUUGUUCGUAAUUGCUUAUUUUUUUUGUAUUUUUGUAUAAUUUUCUACACUCUCUUAUUUAUUACAAAAAAAAAAACAUAACAGCAUUUUGUAAAAGAAGCAUCUUAAACUUAGUUUAAAAACAACUAAAAGAAAAAAAUGUUAUCGUUUUGUAUAUUUGCCAAAGUUUUUGUAUAUAAUAAUUAAAAUAAAAUCUUAAAUCGUGAAAUACAAUUUCAUAGCUUGCAUUUAUAAUUAAAAAAAAUAUAAAAAAAAACAAACAAAAUAUUUUUCAAAAUAAUCCAGGCAAAUGUACAAAUAUAAUAUAAAAAACAAAAACAAAACUUAAAGUUGCUUCAGUGAAAAACUAUGUUAUCUCCGUCUCAAAACUCUUGUAAUUUCAAUUGAAAAUAUUAUUUUUUUUAUAUAAAUUUAAAUAUAAAAUUAUUAUCGUAUUUCCGUUUCGAAUUUUUAAACAUUCCAUUAAAAUUAAUAUAUAAAUAUAAAGAAAAUAAAAAAAAAAUGAAAAAAAAGUUUAUGUACGAAUGUUUUUGUUAAAUUAUAAAGUUUUUUCGUAAGGAAUAAUAAUUAAAAAAAAUAAUAAAUAAAAGCAAACACAAGAGAGAACUAAGAAUAACAAUAAUAUUAUACUUUAAGCGAAAACAAAGCGAAACAAUAAAGAAAUAUAGUUUUUAAGAUCAAAUGAAAA